GUUCGGAAUGCCUUUUGACUAUUCCUUGUCGCCUAAGGGCAAAAUAAAUAAACCUGUCAAAGUGCUGUCAAAGUCGAAUAAGCUGUGGACGUGGAAAAAAUACAACUAUUAUACAUAAAAUACUGUUUAACUAUGGCAAAUAGAGGAUUUGAUCCUGAUCCAGAAUUAUCUGAGAUUUUAACCAAAUUAUGGGACCUAGAUACAAAUAAAUGUUACCCUGGAAGUGAUUUUCAAGUUGAUUUGCAGGGAUAUGUAAAGAGUGGUAGGGCAUUAGAGAGAGACAGAGCAAAAUAUAAUCUGUUUGAAUGGGUGGAUGAAGAAAAGGUUUUUGAAAGGAAAACAUAUAAAACAUUUAAAGAUUUACUGGAUAACUAUGAACUUGAGUGUGGUGAGGCAGAGGUUGUCACUCCAGAAGAAAAGAAGGAAAAUAUUGCUUUUGUGGAUGCCAUAAUGGAAACUGAUGUGAUGCAAGAGGCACAUAAAUACCUCAUAUCUAAAGGAAAAUCACCAGAACAUGUGGGCCAGUUUAAAUGGCAACUUUAUAAAAUCUGGUUCAGUUUGGUACGAAGAACCAGGGGAGACAGAGACCAAGAUUCAAGCAGUUUUGAACAUGUGUUUGUUGGAGAAGGAAGAGAUGAUAAAUUUAUUGGACUUCAUAAUUGGAUUCAGUUUUACCUCCAAGAGAAAGCUGGAAAUAUUGACUAUCAUGGUUACUUCAGACAUUCAACUGUAACGGAUGAUGAACACUUCAGACUGAUCGCUCUACAGUUCGACUGGAGGGAAGAAAAGGGAAAACCAAUAAGCAGCUGUUUUCUGGGAACUAGUCCUGAAUUUGAAAUAGCAGCCUACACCAUUUGUUUCUUACUUGAUAGAUUGUGUAAAACUGAUGUUCAGUUAGGGGAAUAUGAAGUAGAGAUAGAUGUCAAACCUUUUGCUAAGAAUUAUAUAGGCACAGCAUAUAUUGCUGCAGCAAGAAUGUACUAGAACUGUUUUUAUUAAAUAUUAAAUUUUAGAAACAUCUCUUUUAUUAGCAAUAGUAAGAUCUUUAAAGAUUUAUUAACAUCUCUAUUUCCGUCCAAAUAUACUUGAAAAACACUUCUGUGGAUGUCAUUUUAAAUUUCUCAAGACAAAACAUUUAGUUACACACAGUGCACACAAUUCUUCUGAUGAAUAAUUAUUUUUUAGAACAGUACUACUUCUUGCCUUGAAGUCAUUUAGCUUGCCUUUCACAGUUAACUUAUUUUGUUUUAGCACUGCAAAUAUUGCCUUUGAACAAGUUUAAACAUCAAUGUUCAUUAUAGUUAACUGGUUAAUCAGUUUAAAGAUUGUCUGAGUAACAGUUCAAUUUGACAACACUAGUUGCUAUGAUUGUCCCCUUUGGAAUUAUCUUGAAUGACCUCUGCCAUUUAUUGUAGUUCAUUGUCAGUACUUUGCAUGCCAGAAAGGUGAUCAAAACAGAUUUCCUAGGGCUUCUUGUUAUUAAUUUAUAUUAAGUUUACCAUAAUUGUUAAUUUACAAAGUGUUCAUUUGUUUUGUAGAAUAUAUUUUCUUUAUUGUGCUAAUUCGUAGGUUGACUUAAUUGUCUUGGUUAGGAAUUUAAGUUAUCUGAUAUUUUGUUACCAUUAUUUAAGUUGAAUUGAAAGUUUAUGUAUGUUUAAGUGCUAAAUUAAACAGAUCAUCCUACGCAGCUCCCAUGACAUUUCAAUAAUGGAUGAAAAACCAAAUUUAACCUAACAAUAAUUGCAUAAUAGGCAGAAUAUCGUUGCUAUAUUUGAUUAUUUGCUAAGAUUAUUUGUAGAUUUUAAUAGCUUUAUCAAUUUCCUUCUUCCUGGAUGCUGAUAAAAGCCGAAAUUUUGGAUUUUACUUGGAUAUUUUUCUUUCGAUCUUUAAUUUUGUUAGAUACAAUGCACACAUUCUGACAAAAAUUAUCAGUUGCAUCAUGCAUGACUCGUGCAAGUCUCCAAAAAUCAACCAACCUCUAAUUGACUUUUUUUUUAUAAAAGGAUAAGUAUUUGAAUUCAUCUAAAAGUAGUAAAAGACAAAGUUUUCCAUAGAAAAGAUUCAUAAAUAGGUUUGGCCUUUCAUUAAAUGCUCAAAUAGUAUAUACAGUCACAAUGUGAUAAUAUUAAAAAUUUUAAUUGUUGAUCAAUUUUGACUGUUUUUUACCUUUACACUGUGUGAUUUCAAAUAAAUUUACAUAUUUUUCUACUAAAGCCAAUAUAUUCUUCAUAUGUAUAUUUUUUGUGUACUUUAUUUACAUAGUAAUAUUUUUCAACUAAAUGAAUGUUGUUAUCACUUUCUGCUGGUUUGCGUUUUUUAAAUUGUGCCUAAAAAAUAAUUCAGUCUCAAUGUUUAAUACAUGUAUUUAAUUUCUUUUAUGGUGAAUAUGUUUUUAAAGAAAAUGUAUAAAUUUAUGAAUUUAUUAAAAGAAAUAACUAUCAUUGAAAAUAUAGAAGGCAAAAAAUGGAAAUUCCAUUAUUUUAAUUUUUCAUUUGGGUAAUACAGUUUAGGGUUUAAGAGUUAUUGCCCUUGGCAUACUUACAGUUGUAAUGUAUUUAAAGUUAUUUAAAGGAUGUCUCAGACAACAUUUGCACAUUCAUCAUACACAAGAUAAAUAUGUCAUGCUGGAAGUUUUAUAUAAAGAUAUUUAGAACUUUGAAGUUAUUUAUAAGAAAUUAUUGUCCUGUGUCUUAUAAUGUAAUUGAAAAAUAUAAAUGUAUUAUGUAUAAUUAAAGUAGAAAUAAAGCAUUGUGCAACACAAACCAUGUUGUAGAAAACUACCUCAAACAAAUUUAUGUACAUCACUUCUUUUUGUACAUCCAAAGUUUUUACAAUUCACAUACACAUUUACUUCAAACAUUAUUGUUAAAGUAUGUUGUCUCCAAAUGAACAAGGCUUUUUUUUUUUACAUUUGUUAGCUAAAAACUGCCAGUAUAUCUUACCAUUUUAUGCAAUUUUUUUGUAUGUUUUUAGAAGAACACUUUAUACUCAAUUAUUAAUAUUAAACCUUUUCUUUAUAUUAAUAUAUAAUAAGUUUAUGAUGUUUACAUAAUGCAAUAUAUUGAGACAGGCAUUUAUUUACAACUUAGUUAUCAGAAUAAAUUUAGAUCUUCCAA